AUGCUUAAAUACAACUUACUAGUCUUUCUGUUUGUAGUAGCUGACUUGGCCUUCUGCAAGCCUCUUCCAAAUCGGAAAGUUAUUGGCGGCGAGGACGUUUCUAUCGAGGACGCCCCCUGGCAAGUGUCGAUUCAGGCCUGGAGCGGUAAAUACUGCGGUGGCUCCAUACUAAGUCCUUACAUUAUCCUGACCGCUGCUCAUUGUGUGAUUGAAGACUACCCACAGGACUUGGAGGUGCGUGUGGGCUCCAGUUAUAUGGAUUUCGAUGGAUUUCUCAUCGCAGUGUCCUCGAUUGUUUGCCAUGAAGACUACGACUCCACUUCAUAUGACAACGAUGUGGCUCUAGUGGUUUUAAGUGAGCCACUUGAUCUAAGAAGCUACGAUAGCAUUAGUUACAUUGAACUGGCAAAGGAUGUACCAACGCCAGGAUCUCAAGCCUUUGUCACCGGCUGGGGAUACACGGAAUACGGCAACCCGGAAGUGCUGCAGUAUUUGGAAAGUAAAAUAGUGGAUCCUGAAAAAUGCAAAGAAAUGUACACUGACUACAAUACCUUAACGGAAAGGAUGCUUUGUGCCACGGCUGAGGAGAGAGGUACCUGUCGGGGCGACUCUGGUGGAGCUUUGGUCUUGGAUAACCAUCAGGUGGGCAUAGUGUCCUGGGCCGGGGACUGUGCCGAUCCUCUGUUUCCCACUGUCUACGCGAGUGUUCCAGCCCUAAGGGGCUGGAUUGAAAGCACAUCUAAUGCAAUAUUAGCUGAAAACAAUUUAAAAAUAAAAUAG